AGACAGAGUUUAUUGAAGGACAGAGAGAACAUGAGAGAUCCAGAAUCCUGCAGAAUGAAACGCACUGAAGAACAAACAGGUCUAAUGGAGGAGAAAAAAACAUCAUGUCAAAACUAGAGGAAAAACUCACUCACAGACUGAAAGUAUUUCUUUACUGAAAAGAAGAGACAAGAAAAGGUUCACCUGCACUCAGUGUGGAAAGAGUUUCACAUGCAAACAGAGUCUCAAGAGACACAUGAGGAUCCACACUGAAGAGAAACCAUUCACUUGUGAUCAGUGUGAGAAGAGUUUCACACAAUCAUCAAACCUUAAGAGACACAUGAACAUCCACACUGGAGAGAAACUGUAUGAAUGUUAUCAAUGUGGAAAAACAUUUUUGUGGGCUUUAAGCCUGAAUAAAUACCUGAAAGUUCAUUCAAAGGAGAAACCACAUUCAUGUUCUUUCUGUGGAAAGAGUUUUUCACAUCUGCAGAGUUUAAAACUACAUCAGAAGAUACACACUGGUGUGAGAGAUCAUGUGUGCUUUGAGUGUGAGAAGACUUUUAUUACAACUGAUCAAUUGAAACUGCACCAGAGGAUCCACACUGGAGAGAAACCUUACAAGUGUACAUAUUGUGACAAGAGAUUCAGUCGGUCAGGAGACCUAAAAAAACAUGAGAGGAUUCACACUGGAGAGAAACCAUAUCACUGCACUGCAUGCGGGAAGAGUUUCAGUCAUUCAUCUAAUCUACGGAGACAUCAAAUAAACAACCACAUUAAGUAGU